AUGUUCUCUGAAAACUUUCUCUUUGCUCUAUCCAGAUACACUCCAAUGAUGGAUCAACAAAUAUUGAAUUGGACAGUUGCUGGCAUCACAUUGUAUAAUGAAAAUCCAUAUCGAUGCAAUAGAACAACAUGUAGUGUUAGUUUAGACAAUUUAAGUAGCAAAAGCAGUGGUGUAUAUCGAUGUGAAAUAUCCGCAGAUGCGCCGAGUUUUACAAUCAAUUAUAGUGAUCAGAGAAUGACUGUUGUCGCUUUUCCACGUCAUGAUCCGAUAAUCCAAGGUAUACGUACAAUUUACAACAUCGACGAUGUACUUGAAGCAAAUUGCACAUCUGAUGCAUCCUUUCCACCAUCAACAAUUACAUGGGCUAUAAAUGGUGAACUGAUGACUAGCGAUCGAGUACAAUUGACACAAUAUGAAAUACAGUUCGACAUUAGUGAUCUGAAGAUACAUUUUCGUACGAUGGAAAUUCGAUUUUGUCUGAAUAACAAAAAUAAUGGCUUUGCAUACGUUCGAGGUCAAUUGUUUCUCAAAUGUAUAGCCAAUGUUGAAGGCAUUCCGUAUGUUAAAAGGCAAACGAGUGAAUUCGUUUACAUUCGAAGUGAUGAGAUGAGCAAUUUGCGAUUGAUAAACUCGAGCUGUUCAAGUGAGUGA